AUGGUUUUCCUGAUUUUGCUGAUCUCUCUCUCAUUGGAGAAAGCUUCUGCACAAGUUGAGAUAUGCGGGGAGCACGAUGUAUAUGAUGUGGCUAGCUUGAAAAAGCAACCACUCUGGUACUCUACCAUAUCUGAUCCAACCCAAUGUGCUGGAGGUACUUCGGACAAAAAAUGUACUAUCAAGUUUUCAGUCUGUGGUCCCCUGCCUCCUGAUACAUGCAGUAGCACUUUUGAUAAUACUGGUUUCUGUCAGGUUAUCACUAAUGUAGUUCCCAGCAUUGAGCACGAUACUGGUAAACAGACGCUUAUCGUUCAUGAAGCAAAUGGUACAUUAGGAUUUCAAUUUGUCUAUAAAAAUGGAAGUGCAGUUGGAGCAUGCAAUCAAACAGAAACGAUUGUUUUCUUUCAGUGUGACCCAGCUGCACAGUGGGAUUCAUAUGAUCCUGAUAUCACACGGUUCCUUAAUGGAUUCCUUGUUGCCAUUGAUAAUGAAUGCUUGUACCUAAUGUUUCUCAACUACAGCGGUGCCUGUAUUGCUCAAAAGCCAAUCUAUCCGCAGCUUUGUAAAUUUGAUGGCUACGACAUUGAAAAACUCUCAGAACCUGAUGCUUGGACGGCCACAGUACCAGUCAAAGACUGUUAUAAUCCUUCUAUUGGUCAAGGCUCUUGCAGUUUCUUGUUUUCUUUCUGCAAAGAAAUACCACAUGGCCAGUGCUACAAUUCAGCUUUCUGUCAAAGUGGCUCUAACGGUGUUAGUUUUGGAAAAUUUGACAAAGACCAGAAGAUUUUUGAAAAUGAUGGUGGUGAUGGCUUCACCAUUACAUAUGGUCAUGGUACUAACACAACUGACUGUCCUGACGGUCUCUUCUCCACACUAGUAUUCACAUGCAACAAAGAUGCCAAUUGGACUUUUGAUCCUGAUAUUAAUCUUGGAAAUAUCACUCAGUUUAUAACAGCUGAACCAACUUUUAAAGACUGUGAGUAUAUUGUUCGAUUUAACUAUUCUGGUGCCUGCAAUGGCGGUUCUUUGUCUCCUACCUUAGCACCAUCAGGCUCAUCACCUCCCUCAAUAGUUGGCUGGAUAUUAAUAGGAAUUUUCUUUGGUGUGGUUGCUCUAUAUAUUUCUGUUGGUGUUUUGGUCCAGGCCAUUAGAGGGAAGAAAGGAAAAGAGCUUAUUCCAAAUCACGAGUUAUGGGGUGCCAUCUUCCUAUACGUUGUUGGCGGUUGUCAAGUUACUAUUGAUUUUGUAACAUGCUACAAGUUCAAGAGUCCAAUGAAGGAGGUCAAAUAUGACGCACUAUAAAUACAAAUGCACAGAAACAAUUUUUGACACUAGUGUAGUAAAAAAAUAGAUAAUAAUGUGCUGGCUGCUGUUUUACUGUUAGUAUAUUGUAUAUGGUAUUUUCCUAUUGUGUGAUAUUGAAUAUUUUUGUUUUUUUUUUUUUGAUAAAUGGAUAUUUUUUUCAGCAAAA